CGCUCCCCCCGGCGCGGGCCGGGGCUCCGCCGGAGCCGGCUGGGAGAUUUCCCCGCUCGUUUUCCUCGGAGGGGUUUUGUCGCUAGCAGCGCACAGAGGGGAGGCACCGUCCCCGAGGCACCCUGCCUCACCCUGCGGGGGAAGGGAUUUGGGUGGGGGCAAGCCAGGAAGGGAGGAUCUCAGUGGCUCUCCUAAAAUCUAUCAGCAGGCUGCGAGGAGGGAGAGUUUGGCACUUGGCAGGCGAGGCUGGGCUUGCUUCCCCGGCUGCGAUGUCGUUGGACUGAGAGCCGCUUCGCCGUGGAAGUUGGGGGGACGGAGACGGACACCCCCUCCCCCCAAGCCCCCGACCCGGUCCAGCGCCUUGAAGCCCGGCAGCUCUUCCCCUGCCACUUCGCUAAAUGCAAGCGGCUCCGCGCACAAGGCGACUCGCCGCCUGCUAGCGCUGCUCUCUGCAGCCUCCGGACGCCUCCCACCCCCGAAGAGGAGCGGCGCGCACCCCGGAGAGUUGUGUCGGCAGGCUGCGUGCUAUGGCGAGGCUGCGGAGGAGCAAACUAGCCGCUGGAUUUCUAUUACUUUUGCAGUGCCUGAGCGAGCGCUGCCAGCUCGCCGGCGGGGAGACGGCGCGGCAGAGCCGCGGUGUGUUUUAUGAAGUUAGGCAGAGCUUCCCUCGAGUGGAGGAAAAUGUGCAGGUGGAUUCACAUAUAAACAGCCACAGGUGGAAAAGGCACUCAGAGUCCCUCAAAUCAGUUGACACCAACAGAGCCAGCAUGGGGCAGGAUUCCUCAGAGCCGGGGGGCUUCACGGACCUGCUGCUUGAAGAGGGACAUGACAACGCCACCCAGACUGAGGAGGAUACAGAUCAUAAUUAUUAUACUUCAAGGACAUAUGGCCCGUAUGAUUCUACCAGCCGGGAUCUGUGGGUCAACAUAGACCAAAUGGAGAAAGACAAAGUAAAGAUCCAUGGGAUUCUUUCCAAUACCCAUCGGCAAGCAGCAAGAGUGAAUCUGUCCUUCGAUUUUCCAUUUUAUGGCCAUUUCCUACGUGAAAUCACUGUGGCAACUGGGGGUUUCAUAUAUACUGGAGAAGUUGUGCAUCGAAUGCUAACAGCCACACAGUAUAUUGCACCCUUAAUGGCAAAUUUUGACCCCAGUGUGUCAAGAAAUUCAACAGUCAGAUACUUUGAUAAUGGCACAGCACUAGUUGUCCAGUGGGAUCAUGUACAUCUACAGGAUAAUUACAACCUGGGCAGUUUCACUUUUCAGGCCACCCUUCUCAAUGAUGGGCGUAUCAUUUUCGGCUACAAAGAAAUUCCUGUCUCUGUGACACAGAUAAGUUCAACCAACCACCCUGUGAAAGUGGGACUCUCAGAUGCAUUUGUGGUAGUGCAUAGGAUCCAGCAAAUUCCCAAUGUCCGUAGAAGAACAAUUUAUGAGUACCACAGGGUGGAGCUACAGAUGUCAAAGAUUACCAAUCUGUCGGCUGUUGAAAUGAUACCUCUACCCACUUGUCUCCAGUUUAACAGCUGUGGUCCCUGUGUCACUGCCCAGAUUGGCUUCAACUGCAGUUGGUGCAGUAAACUCCAGAGAUGCUCCAGUGGAUUUGACCGUCACCGGCAAGACUGGGUAGACAGCGGCUGCCCUGAAGAGUCAAAAGAUAAGAUUUGUGAAAAGAAUAUAGAUGAAAUGGAAACACCUCCUUACUCCACCACCACCAGUCAGCCAACCACCACAAAGUUCAGAGUUUUAACUACCACCAGAGGAUCCACUACUUCCCACCUGCCAACUAGCCUGCCCACAGAAGAUGAUACCAAGAUAGCGCUGCACCUAAAAGAUAAUGGAGCUUCCACAGAUGAUAGUGCCAUCGAGAAGACAGGUGGAACACUUCAUGCCGGCUUAAUUGUUGGAAUCCUAAUACUGGUCCUCAUUGUGGCUGCAGCCAUCCUUGUGACUGUCUACAUGUACCAUCAUCCAACAUCAGCAGCUAGCCUCUUCUUUAUAGAGCGACGUCCAAGCAGAUGGCCAGCAAUGAAAUUCAGAAGAGGAUCUGGUCAUCCUGCAUAUGCUGAAGUGGAACCAGUUGGAGAAAAAGAAGGCUUCAUUGUAUCAGAGCAGUGCUAAAAUUUCUAGGACAGAACACCAGUACUGGCCUACAGGUGUAAGACAUUUACUUUGCCUCUCUUUAAAGAAAAGGAGCCCUAAGCUGCUGUAGCUUGAGAGAAAGAAGAUUUUGGAUAAGCUUUGUCCAAGAAGAAAAACUAUCUAAGAUACCAGAUUACCACUGCACAGUAGUUUUUGUUAUCAGACUGAGAUACAAUGGUUCAUGCAGAACACUUGUCAGUGGAUACCUGCAGUAUCAGAACUAUGGCACAAGUGCCAUGUUAUUGGCUUUAGGUAUGGGGAUGCAUAGUAAUCAAAAUAUAAUAAAGCUUUGGUGCACAGGGGUGUUACCCUUUGGUUCAAGUGUUCUUCUCUGGUAUCUCAAAGACUGAGUGACAAAUCUGUAACCCUUUCAGUGCAAAGAGCACUGGUCAGUGUUCACAGGUGAUUGAGAAAAGUAUCUCAAUGCAGGUAAAGAAAAAAAAGGAAUUUUCUAAUAAUUCUACAAGUGAAUGUGGAAAAACACUCACUUUUCAAUUCUAAAUUAGCCUACCCACAUAAGUGAGUGAGUCACAAUAUAUAUACUUUCCAGGAAUAGUGCAAUGUUUCUUGUACGUUGCUGAUUAAUAUCCUUCUAAACAACUCAUGAUAAGUCAACACAAGCUGGUAGGAAAUGAAAGUAACAGAAUUUUCACGAUAGUGAAAUUGUGUUGUUGAAGGGAGUUCACAAUGAAAUUGUGCUGAUUCUCAGUUUCAACGGUCACUAAAAAUUAAUUAUCAGGUUUGUUUUAAGCGAUAUCUUCCAUUUCUGAGCAGUAGAACAGGCUGAAAUGAAGGCAACAGAUGCUUUUAGCUGGCAGAGAUCUUAUGAAUGAUUUACCAGGCAAUGUGAUAAGAAAAAUAUUAAGAUUUUAAACAAAUGGGUUUCUAUCCCUUGCCAUUUCAUCAUGAGUCCUUCCAGAGAAGUGCUGCAGACUUCAGUGCACCCCUCCCAAAGAUCCAGAUACAAGUGUUAUUGAACCCUGCUGAUUCAUACAGUGGUUUUGUUUAAUGCACAUAGUAGUUGCAUAAAUAUAUAUAUAAAUAUAUUUUUUUUUAUAGCUAACACAAGGCAGGCUCUUGUGACUGUUAAGACUGCAUUUUUGUCAUCCAGACAAAGGAAAUGGAUUGCAUUACUGCAUAUUUCCACUGAGUUGUAAAAUAAUCCUUAAUAUUAGAAUAUUUUUAUGUUGUUUAGGGAAAGUGGUUCAUGUAGUUGCAGUGCCAUAACUUUUCUGCCUAUUGGAACCACACUUUCUUUAAUAUUGACCUUUUCCCUCCCUGGCUAGGGAAAGAUAAGACUAUAAAUUCACAACAUCAAAAAAAGUUGUUCCUUCAGUGGAAGGGGUUAUAAACACUGAGACCCAGAUCUUCCAUGAGGAGUGGGAACCUAAAUACUUUGAUGAUCUGGGCCUGAGCUAUUAAAAUAUUAAAUUCAGGUAUUGUAUGUACAUUUCAUUGCAGUCAUUGACUAUCAAAUUUUUUACAUAUGAUACAAACAGAGGCACUUGAAUCAUUUUAAAGUAAAGUAUUCAACAUUUGCAGUUUCAGGUCUCAAGCAGUUAAAACAAGUUGUAGAUACCACGUUAAUAAUACAUUUAUUUACAUUUCUUGUCAAUGCUUGUAUGGUCUAAAUUUGGUUACAUAUUCUGUUUAAAUUCUUAAUUCUGCUUAAAAAUAACAUGAUUUUUACUUGUUAUUUUGUUCAGUAAAUAAUACAAUACUGUAUUUUCUGAAUUCUUUUAUUUUGUGUAACACACUCUCUUUUUUCAUCUGUUUUAAAUCAUCUAGUGUGAGAUUUAAAUUGUUCAAACCUAACUGGUAUUAAUUUGAAGGUACUAACAAUCAUAUUGUCUUGAAGCCUAGUGAAAAUCCUGCAGCAAGCAUUCUUUUCAAUCCAUGUGGUUCUGCUGAGUCCUAUUUCUAGAAGGCUGGGAUUAAAUCGCAGGCUGUUAAUUCCAAUAGCAAUAACCAAAUGUAUGCACAUAUAUAUCUGGUGACGCUCAUUUUUAUUAAAUAAAAAGAUAACAGUGCACAUC